CGUGACCGUGACGUCAUCCAGGGUCCUGCGCCUCCCUGAGAUCCACCUGGAGCGGUGAGCGCAGUGUGCGCCUAGGAUCAGUGCGGUGACAGCACAGCCGGGAGCGGGAUGGCUGCGGGGGCGCGGAGCACCGGACUCGUCUGGCUGCAGCGACUACGACGCGGCCAUGUCUCUGGGCUGACGGGCUCUUCCGCCGGCGCUCAUGCCCCAAAGAAAAGUGCCUUACUGGAGAAGGGUCUUGUGCUGUCCUCCUUGUCUUUUCUUGCUAUUGGAUCCUAUAGAUGGAAGAACAGACAUGCCGUAGUAUACGCCAGUAUUAAAGUUGAAGAUGUGAAGGAGCAAGCGGAUUAUCUUUAUGGAAGUGGAGAGCUGGAGAAGUUAUAUGAAUUUCUGAGCCAGUACAAGGACAGUAACGAUGCUCAGCUUCUCUGGAGACUUGCCCGGGCUUGUCGAGAUUUGGCUGUACUCGGCAAAACUGCCCCCAACGACCGAAAACGAUUGGUGUAUGACUCUCGAGAUUUUUCCAAAAAAGCCCUGGAACUAAAUGCGUCCUGCGCUGAAGCUCAUAAGUGGUACGGCAUAUGCCUCAGUGACGUGGGAGAGUAUGAAGGCACCAAAGUGAAAAUUGGAAAUGCUUAUAUCAUAAGAGACCACUUCAAGAGAUCCAUAGAGCUGAAUCCAAAAGAUGCCACCACCAUUCAUCUUAUUGGGCUCUGGUGCUACAUGUUUGCGGAUUUGCCCUGGUACCAGAAAAAAAUAGCUUCUGCCUUAUUUGCAACUCCUCCUUCUUCAACAUUUGAGGAGGCUUUAAUAUAUUUUGAGAUGGCGGAAGAAGUUGAUCCAAAUUUCUACAGCAAGAACUUAUUAUAUUUGGGGAAGACCUUUCUAAAGCUGAAGAACAAGGAGUUGGCCUUACUGUGGCUGCACAAAGCUAAAGUAUACCCCGUGCGAACGGAGGAGCAGAAGGAGGUCCAUAAGGAAGCUACUGAUAUUCUGAAGUCCUUGGGUGUAAAAGUCUGAUUCUUCCAGCCUAUGACAUACCAUCAUACCUCAAUCAACACAAUAGGAAUUAAC